CCCACCAAUCAUACGAUAUCUAACAGCAGGGAAUCUUAAGUAUAAAACUGCCCGAGAGGCUGAACAUUUGUCCAGUGCUGUUUGGAGAGAGUUGUUGUAAAGGUGCCGUCCAUUCCCAAAUGUGUAAACGUCUACAAAGACACAUCAGGAAACAUGUUUAUCCUUCUUUAUCUGAGCUUUUGGAGUGUGUUGGGGUCACACAGUCAGACCCUGAGUGCAAGAACAACAGCUACAACAAUAACAUCACGAGCAUUUGUGACGCCUGGAGACGACAACGGCCAGUGCACAACCUGUCAGUUUAGACAGCAGAGUAAACUCAUGCGCCUGCACUCCAUUAAGUCUCAGAUUUUGAGCAUCCUGCGUCUAGAACAGGUUCCAAACAUCAGCAGAGACACGGUCAAGCUACUCUUACCCAAAGCACCUCCACUGCAGGAGCUCCUGGACCAAUAUGAUCAAAAUGGAGGCAUUAGUGAGGAUGAGGAACAAGGCAGCAGUGAAACCAUCAUUACCAUGGCCACAGAACCUCAAGCAAUCACUCAAUCUGAGGGAAUGCCGAAGUGUUGCAUGUUCUCACUGAGCCCAAAGAUUAUGCCUAACAGCAUCCUCAAGGCCCUGCUCUGGAUCUACCUCCGACCAGUAGAGGAGCCAACCACAGUCUUUAUCCAGAUAUCUCACCUUAAGUCUUUGUCUGAAGGGAACAACCACUCAAGAAUACGUGCACAAAAAAUUGAUGUGAACGCCCGGACAAACUCCUGGCAGCACAUCGACAUGAAGCAGCUAUUGCAGUUGUGGCUCAAACAACCUGAGAGUAGCUUUGGGAUAGAAAUCAAGGCCUUUGAUGCAAAUGGAAAUGAUCUGGCUGUGACCUCCGCAGAAUCUGGAGAAGAAGGACUGCAACCCUUCCUGGAGGUGAAAAUAUCGGACACUGGUAAACGGUCCAGACGGGACACCGGCCUCGAUUGCGAUGAGCAUUCCACUGGGUCACGUUGCUGCCGGUAUCCACUCACCGUUGACUUUGAGGAAUUUGGUUGGGACUGGAUAAUUGCCCCCAAGCGCUACAAGGCCAAUUAUUGCUCUGGUGAAUGUGUGCAGAAGUACCCCCACAGUCACAUCGUCAACAAGGCCAACCCUCGGGGCAGUGCAGGCCCGUGCUGCACACCCACCAAGAUGUCGCCAAUAAAUAUGCUGUACUUCAAUGACCGUGAGCAGAUAAUCUACGGAAAAAUCCCUUCAAUGGUCGUAGACCUUUGUGGCUGCUCUUGAGCCUGAGAGCUUCUCGAGUCGCUACGACAGCAAGCCCUAACUGCUCUGGACCAGAGGGAAGUGAAAACAACCUUUACCUUGUCCCUGACCAAAUAGUUCCUGCUAAAACAAUUGACCACACCAGGAUC